UUUGGUAUUAAUUAGUGCGCGGUGAAUUAACACACAUUUAAUUAGGGCGCUCGAACCCACGAGCUAUGGAGGAAGUCGAACUGAUGACCUUGCGUUGUUGCAUGAUGUCUAAGCCUCGCGCGGUGGUCGCAGUGCUUUCGCAUUCAUCCACGUAGGGAUAAGUAAAUGCCCCUUGAUUUUCUUUUCCUUUUUUUUUUUUACUGCGACGUUGUUUACCGGAGGUACGCAAAUAUUCUUGUGCGGUUCAUGGUGAAAGCCGGCGUGCGGUGGCGAGGUCGAUAUUAAAUUUAAUACAACGCAACGUGUCUCAGAGUUGAUUCGCUUUAAAAUUGGCUUUGAAACGUAAUGAUCAAUGAUUAUUUUUCUCACUGCAUGUGGUACUGCAUCUUUUAGCUAAAUGUUGGAACCCAUGUUCAUGUACUAUAUUAUGAAAGAAAUGUGCAGGUCCAAUUACAUGUUCGUAUUCAGAUUUAUUGGUUCCAAAAAAAAGUGGUUACAACAUAAGAAAUAUACAGACGAGGAUCCCAAAGUGAAAGAACUGUAGUGGGACCCUCGGUUAAUAAUAACAUUGAUGGUGAUAUCUAUACACAGAAAAUGAGCGUUAUUCUCAAAUAACAUCGACAGAUUAAACACAUCAUUAUACGUUUCAUUUAAAAUCGAACCUGAAAAAGCACGUCAUAAGAUAAAGUGGGGAAAAAGCAUGGAUGAAUCACAAGAAGUUACUUGUGAGACAGAAGUCAAAGGCACACCGCCGGGAUCGUAGUAAUCACAGGAAUGUAUGUAUGUAUGUAUGUAUGUAUGUAUGUAUGUAUGUAUGUAUGUAUGUAUGUAUGUAUGUAUGUAUGUAUGUAUGUAUGUAUGUAUGUAUGUAUGUAUGUAUGUAUGUAGCAGUUUUCCCGCCUACCUGGGUCACAGGCUAGAAUGGUUAGCGCAUUGGGAUGCUGUACUGAAGAAACAGCGUGCGAAGCAAACCAUCGGACCAACUUGGGUCACUGAAUAUGUGACAGUGUGUAAAUACGUGCCGCUCUUCAACGAACCUCUUUCACGCCUACAUGAGUCAAUGUAGACGCCAGACCGGGUAAGUGCCGCAGUACCGCUGAGUAUACGUGCCACUCGGUUUGUGCUAGUCUCCAAUUGAUCUAUUUGACGUCAACUUGGGUAACUAGGUAUGUGCCAGUGGGACUGUGUCGCUUUACAAUGACGAAAAAUGUCCCUUAAGUUUCUUCUAUGCCGAGCGGAAUUGAACCCACGUCACAAGGGUUACUCAAGGACAGCUACACGACGCACUACCAGGCUGGGCCGCAAAUGCACAGGGCAUGUGCCGCUAUCAAUGAACUCCUUUCACGCUAACGCUAUAGUGAGCUGUCCCACGAAUGCAUUGGGCAUGUGCCACUCUUCAAUGAAACUCUCGCCUAUUUGAGUCACUGAGUACGUGGCCCUGAGUGUGCGGCAAGCGAGGGAACAAUUCUCAGCGUUCGCAGCCACGCUUCCCGUCUGGGGGGCCGCGCCCGGACUGCUCGGCAACGCCACGCUAAAUGAAGCACAGUGUGUCAAGAAGGAUCCACGAGACAGGAGCCCGGUUGCCGCUUGAAGCGUUUCACAGCAUUUACACGCACCGGUGCGUCAUGCAUUUCGGAGGCCGCGCGCAAGCUUCGCGGCGGCGGCGCUAGAUGGCGCCGAGUGUUCUUAGGGAAGCGCGAAAGAGGAAUCCCGCUGCAGUACACGCCUCGUACAUAACUCGUUUCUACGGUAACAAUACGUCGUGUCGCUAUGUUUAUUCAAAGCUAAACGCAUUACUGUGGACAGGCUUGACACAAGGCUAAUGGUGUAAAUAAAUAAAUGAAUAAAUAAAUGUUUCCGUUACGUCCUUUUUUAAUCCUUGGACUACUACUGCUAAUUUAUACUUACCUGCCUUAUGAUCAACUGUAAUGGAGUAACAAUCGAGGUUUCCCCGAGUUCUACUUUGAGACCUCCUCCUGCGGCAAUUACGUACCAGCGCACUUCUGUAUCUCUAUGCCAUGCGAGUGAACUUCGGACUGAGGAACCACAUGUACAACUCAUGGAAAUCGCCGCGCGGCUCGCGCAGGUGUCCCUGCGGACCCUGGGGCCCACGGCACCGGAUGCGGCCUCGUUGCACUCGACCGCGGCUGCUGCGACCGGCCCGCCCCUGGUGCCCUUCUUUCCCCCGCGAUCGGUGCUGCGCGGCGGCUUCGGCCGCUACCAGGGCCCGCUGAGCCAGUGGCAGAUCAGCGCCGACAUGUACAUCGACAGCGACAUCCGCAAGAGGGGCCGGCGAAGAGUGGUGAGCCACUCAUGCGGCGAGGCGAAGGCUCCCAUGGCACCAGUGGAGCGCGUGGAACGGCGGCCGGCCCGACCACCAGCCGAGCCCUGCCCUCGUCGCGAGGACGUGGACCGUGAGAUGGGCCUACCGCGGCGCCGGCUCGUGCUCAAGGGACCGCUGCACGCCACAUCGUACGCGCACUGGUACUCGAGGGUCUUCAGCCCGGCCUCUUCGUCCAACGAGGACUGUUGAACAUCACGCCGUGUCUGCUGAAUACUAAACUCGAGCGAUCGACGUCGCGAGGUUAUCUACCAUCGAGGUGAACGUCUGUGCAAGCCGACCCUCCACUUCCGCUGUUUAGAGAGCGUGGCGGCUUUGUAACAGAUACAUACUGGACAGCCUCACAUCGUGGACUGACGGCCCGAUAUCACGAAACGUUGUGGUUCGUUCCUAUAAUUCAUUUUCGUGAAUCACUGGCAACUACGACAGAGUUCGUAUACAACUCAGUGCCUGAUAGUCCAGGACCGCAGCCCCUUUUGUAAAUGAGAAACCGUGAUACUGUUACAGAGGACGAAUUUUCAAAGCAGUCGCUGCAAGAAGCUUAACCAAUGCCGGUAGCGAUCUGUGUUGUGCGCUGCUCGUUUGAUUCGCCAUUUCACAGAGGACAAAGCUAACAGGACUGGCGUUGUUCGUGCAGACAUGAGAAGGCCAUCUGCUGUCAUUCGUUCAGUGAUUAGGCCUAACAGAGUUGAAAUGACAGUAGUGCCUGCCAUGAAAUUUUGCAUAGUCAGUGUACUUUGGAGUAAUAGAAUAACACAUUCCGGGAGCAAAACAACGUAUAGUAGUUGCUGAUCUGUAACAAGCACAUGCCAAUAAUAAUGGCAAGUUCAACCUAUAGUUUUUAACUUUCAUCUGAGCUGACAUGAAAAACAUCGUUUGGCAGCAAGAGGUGUCACGAAAAGUCUCGUUCGUUACUAGAGCAUGAUGACAGCAUGCUCUAGUACCGUGCAAUACUAGAGCAUGAUGCACCUUGGGAGUGCCACUGCAAAAUGUUACUCUACAGCCACAAUAUAUGUAUGGUUUGCAAACGGUCAUUAAACGAACAAAAAAAAAGAUUAUCCAGUCUAUUCACCUUAACACUAUAGCAUUGAGACAGUAUAUAUUGCAAACUUGCUUUAUAUUUUGGCGGCACAGCCUUUAAAAACCACAGACUGGUGGGUGCUCAUUAUAUAUGUUGUACGGCCUGGGGAAAGACUCAUUAGUUAUUUACUAGCAGGCAGAACUUGCAGCAAUUGUCUUAUCCGUCUUAUCGCUAUAGCUGGCUGCCAGCGACUAUCUCAGGUAGCUUUUAAAGCCCCAUGGUGUUUAAUAAAUACAUGUCAAAGCACUAAGCUUGUGCUAGUCCAUCUGCACAUGUUUGUCUACACUACACAGAACUAAGCAACACAAUGCUGGCAGCAAAGGAGUAAAGGUUGCCCAUCAGGCAUAGCAUAAGCCACAGUUGCGAUGCAUUCCUAGCUUUGAGAACCUGCACAAUAAUGUGUUGCACGCCUGCACAGCAUCAUGAAAAGCUCGAUGUUACUUUUGAAUAGAGUCAAGAUUUAGCAAAAUGCGAUAUCAACAGACGCAAUGAGAUAACCGACAUUGAAUUGCCCUGGUGGAUCACAGUUCUUUGACUACCGAAUCAUACAAGCUGCUUGAAAUUCCCAGAACUGUUCUUAUUGAAUUUACAUCCAGUAAUACAUGCCCAUAAGGCACGGAAAUGAGGUCAGAAGUGUCCAAAUACCUUGAACAAGAUUGGCAACCCAUUCGAUGACGACAGGACUGCAACAGAAGGAUUUCUGUUUUAUAGACAUACCGAAAUAGAACUGUUAAUAGCUGUGGAGCUUUCUGUUGCAUUGUAAGCAGCUUUGAGCAAUCUGCCUUACUUUUUUUCUCUAUUCAAUGAAAGUAAUAUCCUUGGGGCAUUGUCUAAUGCUGGCAGGCAGCAGAAUACUAAAAUAAGUAUGAAAUGUGUUGCAAGGGUCAUAAUGUCUGCACGUUGUUUCUUUCUUAUCUCUGCAACAAGGAACUUUGCAGGUCAUGCAUUUUUUAUCUUUUUUGCUUGCACAAAUAAAAGUGAUCGGCCCAACUUAUUUGAGAGGCAAAAUGGGCGAGUUUAUCUCUGUGUAAGAAAUCUCAAGCUUCGAUUGCUUAGAUAGUACACAGCUCCUUGAGUGUGACCAAGUGCCGUAUUUAGUAGUGGGCAAGGUCAGUAACACAAGGCUAGUGAAGAAAGAGCUGCGACAUCACACUUAGUGCGCCAACAUCCCAUGGAUCCAAAAGCAGGCAUCACCAAGCCAGAAGAGGUGCUUAUCGCGUUCAUGCUUUCAUCGCUGCACGAUUUCCCAUAGGAAAGCCUACUGCAUGUAGCAUGACAAAUCCAAGUUUGCCAGUUUAUGUUGUGUGGCUCAACGGCUAACAGUAUAAAGAUUUUCAUAACAGGUGCACUUCUCUGCAUAGCACAGUUGGCCAACUAAUGGUGGCGCCAUUCGCGAUUAAAAUCAAGAAAUGCUACCUGCACUUAAGGCGCUUCUCUUUUGCACAUGGUUUCAUCACAAGGGCCAUAUUUACAUUUUGUGUGUCUUAAGCAAACAGAGUUGUAUGUGCCGAUUGCAGAAAUGAUUACACUGUCAUUGGCUUUGCAAACUACCUCGUAGGAAAGGUAUAGUUUACAGUUAUGAAAUGGGUCCAUGUACAACAUUUUAGCAAAGCAAUGUAGCAGACUUAUGACAGUGGCGGAUAAAUGCUUUCUCCCAUUGUUUCAGUAUAUAAAUGGGCCACGAACACUGGGCACAGAUGGAAUGUUUAACUAAAGAAGCAUUGUUCAAAUGUGCAGUAUGAGCAGUUACUUAGGCAGAGAAAGUGUGACUGAAAUUGCCUACUGUGGUUGUUUUGAGCAUACUUGUCUACACAGCGGUGGCAAAGCCAGCUAACAAACAUCUUUGAGAGAUAACAGAACACACAGAGUGCCCAAUUUGCAACGCAUAUAAGAACAAAAUGUCGAUAUCGUGCUUGUGAUAUUGCUAAAUGUCAGCAUCUGCAGCCUCUAGCAGUUUGGCUGCUCUGAAUCCUUUUUGAUACACAGGCGACUAGUGCACUAGAGGAAUGAAACAAAACAUUGUCUGCCCACUGAGCGCAGCUACACAGGUUCCUCUUCUACAAUGAAAAAUUGCAGGACACAUGCUGUUCGAAGUUACUGAGGCCUGAAAAACGGUAGCGAGCAGCUUUGAUACAGGAAGUCGCAGUUCACCUCGCAUAGCUGGCAAAGUUCAAACAUUUGUGUGCAAGGCAUUAUGUCAGCAGUGACUAAAACCGACACGACAAAAUAUGCUCAACUUCAGUGGCAUAGUCUAUUCUCCUGAGCACCAUCACAUUUUCCAAGUAGGUGCCUACCUACUACGUUAGGGUCUUGACAUGUGCGAUUUGAAUAUCACCAAUUAACAAGGUUGGUCAUUAUGCACCCAUAUACGCAUUUCUGAAGCAUUGCAACUGCAUACUUGCCAACUUAAAUUUUUAGUAACGUCUACGAAUUUGGGCUGGUUGUACGAUUUUACGGAUAUUGCACUAAGAUUUAACACCAUUAAAAGAGCUCAAAGAUGGUGUGCUGCAAGGUCUCAAAAGAUGCAUGCAAAAGAAAUUGCAAUUGUACCUGCGCCGCUUUUAUAUGCUAGCGCAAGAUGCCACAUACCGGAAAAGUACAGUUAAACUUCGAUAUAAUGAAGUCGGUAAAAUCGGCAAUUUGCUUCGUUAUAUCAAAAUUUCAUUCCAUUGAAAUUUGACCUUUUAUACAAAGUACAGUCGCCAAUCGAUUUUUCUUGCACAGCAAGAGGACACAUUACUUUCCGAAUUAACCUGCAAUCAGAAAAAGCAAAUUUGAAUGAGAAAACAAUUUUGAUAAAUGUGGGAGUCGGCGGCUAUGAUACGGUUUCAUGUCACAUACAUCGACAAUAUCUUCUCGGCGUACGAAUUGGGUGAAGCCAGCCACGUUUUUGCAUGCACUAUGCCCCCGUGGCUGAUAGCGUCUCCCGCACUGGGAGGCGCUAUCAGGAAAAGCGCUGGCAGCGGGGAGCGAAUGCCUUGUCUGCCUCUCGCUCCAACGGGUUACCGAAACUCGAGAUUACGCAAACCCCAAUACUAAGCACGCCGUUAGAAAGCUUACAUGGUGCCACGCCGUCCCGGCAUGCCCCGUAUUUGCAUACGCGGCAGAUUACCUCUAAAGCAUGGUGCACGGCUGCGUAUGCGCUCAGUCGCGCUUACAGCCAUGGCCGAGACGCAUGCAACGUAGGCAAACAUACCACCCGCACCCCCUUGCGCGCGGUUGAUCGCGUUACCGCAAGCUCGCUCCCCUCCUCUUCUUUCUGUUUGCUCGCACGGCAAGGCGGCACUCGUGAAGCCAGCACCUUUCUUGUCUCUCUCUCGCACACUUUCACUCACACCUAAUGCACACAGUGCGUGGGGCACGAUCCUAUCGCACUAGGACUUUAUACAGAACUAUAUACCAGCUUCCCUUCGGCAGUCGCUCUUGUCGCACGGCGCAAGAUUUGAGAGGUGCGUUUGCAAGGAGCCACUUGUAGUUCAAACAUUUGACCAUCUGCAUCUGCGGAUGUUUCCAUUUAUUGUCUCAACAUUCCAUUGUGGCGGCAGUGAAAUUUCAUUAAAGUGAAAUCACGUACAAACACGCUUCGUUAUAUUGAGGUUUUAAAUACAUGUUCUAUGGGCAAGAUGUUAUGAAAAGUUAAAUACUUCGUUAUAUAGAAAAUUUAGUUAUAUCGAAGUUCAUUAUAUUGAGGUUCAACUGUACUUGUUUCAAGUAAGUUUAUUAAAGAAAGCUUUUCAAGCAGGCAAUAUUUAACAGCAAAGCCGUUGAAAAUGUGACUGUGAUGUAAAAACAAUGUUUUGCUCGUCAGUAUCUGUUGUUUCAUGUUUGCUGCUGCCUAUAUUGCUGCGUUUAAAAGUCACCGUUAAUAAAGUGCACAUGUAUCACAAUAGAUGUGCGCUCAGGGCAAACUUAAACAAAAGAAGGCAUGCUAUUCCCCUCCAUUAUCAUGUUCACGUGAUUGUCACGAAUAUUAAAGUUCACGGGUUGGCAGGUGUAUUGCAGCUAAACAAGAGGCAGAGAAAUGCCAUUCUUUUGUACCACUACCACUUUUAUAAAAUUCAAGCAAAAAAAGGUGUUCAAAUGUAAAACAUACUAGCACAGACAGAAUAAAAGCCUCUUUAUUCUCAUUUGAAA